UCCAGGUAUUGGAGUGGAUGGACAAAAGGGGGAGCCGGGUGAUGUUGGACCUCCUGGAUCUCCAGGACAGCCAUUGUUGGUUUGGCCACCCGGUUCUUUCCUGGUUAAAGGAGAAAAGGGUGUAAAAGGAAUGCCUGGGUUAGUAGGACCCAAAGGAUCACAUGGGCCCAAAGGUGCACCUGGAAAUGGAGAGAAGGGUGAAAAAGGUAUUCCUGGAGUCCCUGGAAUGCAGGGUAGCCCUGGUUCUUGUGGAACUCUCGGUUUUCCAGGAGUAAAGGGGGAAAGUGGAGUUCCUGGUGUUCCUGGUCAUGCUGGUUAUUCAGGUAUAAAGGGGGAUCGUGGAGAACGAGGGCAACCAGGCCUGCCUGGAGUUUUUGGAACACCACCUGUUGCUAUGAAAGGUCCUCGAGGGGAUCCUGGAUCACCAGGUCCUUCUGGAGAGGAGGGGUUGAUUGGACUAACUGGUCCUCCAGGCCCAUCAGGAAGACCUGGUGAAGAUGGAGCAAGCGUCCCUGGUCUGCCAGGAGCAUGUGGGGAACAAGGUCCUAAAGGUUUUCAAGGGGACCCUGGUCACCCUGGAACAGCUGACUCAACUCCAGGAAGACCAGGGUCUCCAGGAGCACCGGGAUUACCAGGAGCACCAGGAAGACAGGGUUUGCCUGGACCACCUGGUAUAGUUUGUCAUGGCAGAGGACUUCAUGGACAGCAAGGAAUAAAAGGCCAAAUGGGACCCCUGGGAAGAAGAGGUGAAAAAGGAGAAAAAGGGAAUCAAGGCCACUGUUCAUGUGACCUUGGUCCUGCUGGCCCACCUGGUAGACGAGGGCCACCUGGUCAUCAAGGAAGGCAAGGACAGAUGGGACUUCCUGGAAGCGAUGGAGAAAAGGGUGAUCCAGGUUUCUCUGGCACAAUAGGACCAACAGGACUCCCAGGCAAACCUGGUUCUUCUGGAAUAACUGGUGAAAAAGGAGAAAAGGGUGACCUGGCCAGAGUGAAAAUCAAAGGAAUAAAAGGAAAAAGAGGCCCUCUGGGGGCUCCAGGGCUUCCAGGCCAAAAAGGUACUGCUGGCAGAGAUGGAGAUCCAGGAUUGCCUGGAGAGAGAGGAAUUCAAGGUGAUGGUGGAUCAGCACUGCCAGGUGAUAAAGGAUUUCUUGGGGCACCAGGACUUCCUGGUUCAAGAGGGCCUAUAGGACCAUCAGGUUUGGGAUUUCCUGGCCCACCAGGAAUCGGGGGUCAUCCUGGAGACCCAGGAAGUACUGGUAUAAGUGGGCCACCUGGUCAAAUGGGUCAAAAAGGUGACAUCCACUGUUAUGUUCCACCAUAUCCUGGAAGUCCAGGCCCUCCAGGUUUUCAAGGGGCUCAAGGACCAAAGGGAUUAAGAGGACCCCCUGGUCCUCCUGGGCCAAAUGGCUUUGAUGGGCAAAAGGGCCAACGAGGCAAACCAGGGACAUCAGGAGAUAUAGGGCCAGACGGCUUUCGAGGCAAUGCUGGUGAUCCAGGUGAUGAAGGUGAAAGGGGUUCUUCUCCUGACGGUGCCCCAGGUUUUCCUGGCACUCCUGGACUUGCAGGCCAGAAAGGUGUUCCAGGUGAUAACAGUUAUGGUCUUCCAGGAAUUCCAGGCCACAGAGGAUUGCCAGGAUUAUCUGGCUCACAAGGAAUACGAGGUGAAUUAGGUGCUCCUGGACUACAAGGACAGUCUGGCAGACCAGGAUUUCCAGGUCCUAAAGGUCUGAGAGGCAGAAAAGGUGAAAUAGGCGCUCCAGGCUCACCCGGCCAGCCAUGUGAUAAAGGCUUGCAAGGGCCACCAGGACAGCCAGGAGUUCUUGGACACCGAGGCCCUCCAGGCUUACCAGGUUUUAAAGGCCAGAAAGGAGACAUGGGCCCACCAGGGCCAGCUGGAAUGAAAGGCCUACCAGGAACUCCUGGUGUCCCAGGGUCCCCCGGUCCUCCAGGCCCUCGAGGAUAUCCCGGGCUUCCUGGGAACGAUGGAUUACCUGGCGUCCCGGGCCAACGAGGUAGCAAAGGCAUCCAAGGCAUCCAAGGUUUCCCAGGAAUCCCAGGAAAAGAAGGACGGACAGGAAUCCCGGGUGGAAAUGGUGAACAAGGAGAAAUGGGUUCAAGGGGGCCUCCUGGAGAAUGUGGGGAUGGAGGGCGAAAAGGUGAAAGAGGUGCUCAGGGAGACAGUGGCUUCAUUACCUUAUGGCUGGAAAAAGGACAAAAGGGAGAACAAGGGCUCCCUGGUGAGGUUGGGUUUCCAGGGGAAACAGGUGAAAAAGGUAGUCCUGGAAUCAGAGGGAUCUCAGGAUUUCCAGGCAAAGAUGGACUCCCGGGAACUCAGAAGGGUGAACCUGGUGAUAGUGGACAGAUUGGGUUUCCAGGGCUGCCAGGCUCCCCAGGAUCGGCGGGUUUAGGAGGAAUUAGUGGUUUUCAAGGGCAACCAGGUGACCAGGGUGAGCGAGGUUUACCGGGAAUUCCUGGAUGUCCAGGACAUGAUGGUACAAAAGGACUUAAAGGUAACAGAGGUGACUCAGGCAGUCAACAUGGUCCGCCUGGUCAAAGAGGGCCUCCAGGAGAUCGUGGAUCACCAGGACCCUGUGGAUUCCCAGGAGAGCAGGGUUUACCCGGUUUCCAAGGGGAACCUGGAAGACAAGGACCCAAGGGGAUGCCUGGAUCCCCAGGAGCAAAAGGCUUUCCAGGUGCCAUAUGUGAUUCGGGAUUGCCAGGAGUUCCAGGUGAACAAGGUAAUACCGGGCCUUUAGGAGCUGCAGGGUUGCCAGGAUUACCUGGUCCCCCAGGCAGGAAAGGUUUAUCAGGGUUGCCUGGAUUAGAUGGCUUGAAUGGACUGGAAGGUCAAAAGGGCUCACCAGGAGUUCCAGGUCAAAGUGAAAUAGGGCCUCCAGGAUACACAGGAGCACCUGGACCAAAAGGAGACAAGGGUGAACCUGGACACCCAGGAGUUUCUCUUCCAGGACCUCCUGGAGACAUGGGUUUGCCAGGACACCCAGGUAGAACAGGAGAUCCCGGGCCUGCAGGACCUGUGGGAAGAUCUCCUGAAACUGCAGCUUCUGGUCCUCCAGGUGGUCAGGGGCUACCUGGCUCAGAUGGCAUCAGAGGCCUGCCUGGCAAUCCUGGCCCUCCUGGAAAGUCUAUCUUUGUGAAAGGUGAUCCAGGGGAAUUUGGUGUUCCAGGUGCACCCGGUAUUCCUGGCCAGCCAGGGCAGCAAGGAGCCAAAGGCUUUCCAGGAAAUCGAGGAAGAGGAGGCCUGAAAGGUCCGAUAGGAAACGCUGGCCCCCAGGGUCCCCCUGGCCCUUUUGGGCCAUCUGGGGAUCGAGGUUUUCAAGGACAACCUGGCCCUCGAGGUCCCGAAGGUUGCAGAGGUGACCCUGGUGAACCAGGAGAAACAGAACACUCCCCAUGUCCCAAGACACCGGGUCCUCGUGGAGUAAUAGGACAAAGAGGAGCUGAAGGGUCUAUAGGAUUUCCAGGCCCAAUAGGUUACCCUGGACCCCCAGGAAGUAAAGGUGAAGAAGGGUUGUUUGGCUUGCCAGGUCAAGAUGGCUCACCUGGUCCACCAGGACCCUCAGGUGACCAAGGUGUCAUAGGAGAACGAGGAUACACUGGUCCAGAAGGUCCACCUGGCCAAGCUGGGAUCCCAGGACCACCAGCCCCUGAAACUAGAGCUGCUAGUGGGUUCCUCCUCAUUCUUCAUAGUCAGUCAGAUAAAGAACCGUUUUGUCCUGAGGGAAUGCCAAGAUUGUGGAUAGGCUAUAGUCUGCUGUAUCUGGAAGGACAGGAGAAAGCUCAUAAUCAAGAUCUUGGUCUGGCUGGAUCCUGUCUUCCUGUAUUCAACACCAUGCCAUUUGUCUACUGCAACAUCAACCAAGUUUGUUACUAUGCCAGUCGAAAUGAUAAGUCCUACUGGCUGUCAGCUGCUGCUCCUUUACCAAUGAUGCCGCUCUCUGAAGAUGAAAUACAACCCUACAUUAGCAGAUGUGCUGUAUGUGAGGCCUCAGGCCAAGCUGUUGCAGUUCAUAGCCAAGAUCAGUCCAUUCCCCCAUGCCCAUUGAACUGGAGAAGUCUUUGGAUAGGCUAUUCUUUUUUAAUGCACACUGGAUCUGGAGAUCAGGGAGGUGGACAGUCCCUUAUGUCACCUGGAAGUUGCCUUGAAGACUUUAGAUCAGCACCAUUCAUUGAAUGCCAGGGUCAGCGGGGAACAUGCCAAUUUUUUGCUAAUGAAUAUAGCUUCUGGUUAACAAUCGUCCGGCCAGAAUUGCAGUUUGUGUCUGCUCCUCUGUCAGAAACUCUUAAAGAAGGGCAGGAACAGCGCAAAAAAAUCAGCAGAUGUCAGGUGUGCAUGAAGCAUGGCUAAAAGAGGAAACAAAUCUGAG